AAAUUUCGGCUUCCUUCUGAGUUUCGGUGAGCUCACUCUGUCAGUGGGAAUCUUGCCGUACACUGUUCUUCAACUGAAGAAGAUGCUUGACAGUCCUUUUUCAAAAUACGAGGAAAUCAGUAAAUUAGUUAAAAAUAUCGAUAAAAUCGUUUUUUACAUAGCUGAUAUUGCAGAUUCAAAAUGUAAACUUCGGUCGCAAACUGGUGAUACGUUGGAGCAAUUCUACAAGUUGUCAAAAAAGGACGGACAGGUUGUCGGGAGCAAUUUCGGACAGAAGCCGUUCACAUUUGUAUUAGGACGUGGUGAAGUAAUUAGCGGCAUGGAUAUCGCCAUGGAUGGAAUGUGCGUUGGUGAACAGCGUAAGAAGAACGAACCACUCCACUACUUUGUGGAAUUGAAAAGUAUAUUUCGUCCAAAUCCGGGAGAAAAAUGGAUUACAGAUGAAGGUGUUCAUAUAAUUGUAGGUUUCAUCGUACCAGUUACUCAUGAAAUCUCUGAAGAUGAGUGCAUUAAAGCCGAAGAAGGAGACACUCUCUAUCAGCAGUAUACGCUUCACCUCGAAGACGGCACCUUCGUCGACUCAAGUUGGAGUCGAAACAAACCAUUCAUAUUCAAGCUCAGAAGAAAUCAGGUGGUUGCGGGAAUGGAUAUUGGUAUGGACGGAAUGUGCGAGGGAGAGCGGAGGAAGCUGAUCAUCCCGCCUGAGCUCGGUUACGGAGAGAAAGGUCGAGCUCCACGUAUUCCUGGAAAUGCACCGCUCCAUUUCGAGGUGUUACUCGAAAAAAUUAUCAAGCCCGAGAAGAUCGAACUAUAG